AUGACCCAGAUCAUGUUCGAAACAUUCAACACGCCAGCAAUGUAUGUGGCUAUCCAGGCCGUGUUGUCGUUGUAUGCAUCAGGACGAACCACGGGUAUCGUCCUUGAUACUGGAGAUGGAGUCACCCACACUGUGCCUAUUUAUGAGGGAUAUGCUUUACCGCAUGCUAUCCUGCGUUUGGACUUGGCCGGUCGUGAUUUGACCGACUACAUGAUGAAGAUUUUGACUGAGAGAGGCUAUUCCUUCACCACCACUGCCGAGAGGGAAAUUGUUAGGGAUAUCAAGGAAAAGCUUUGUUAUGUUGCGCUCGAUUUUGAACAAGAGAUGGCUACUGCCGCAUCGUCGUCAUCCCUUGAGAAGAGUUAUGAACUUCCUGAUGGCCAGGUUAUCACUAUUGGUAAUGAACGAUUCCGAUGUCCAGAGGCAUUGUUCCAACCGUCGUUCCUUGGAAUGGAAUCGACUGGUAUUCAUGAAACCACAUACAACUCUAUCAUGAAGUGUGACGUCGAUAUCCGAAAGGACUUGUACGCCAACACCGUCCUUUCUGGUGGUACAUCGAUGUUCCCUGGAAUCGCUGAUCGAAUGCAAAAGGAGAUCACCAAUCUCGCCCCAAGCACGAUGAAGAUCAAGAUUAUUGCGCCACCAGAGCGCAAGUACUCUGUAUGGAUUGGUGGCUCUAUUCUCGCUUCCUUGUCGACGUUCCAACAGAUGUGGAUCUCGAAGCAAGAAUAUGACGAAUCUGGGCCGUCUAUUGUUCACCGCAAGUGCUUCUAA